GUUUCCCAGGCUGGUCUUGAACUCCUGGCCUCAAGCCACCCUGCCAAAAUGCUGAGUUUACAAGCAUGAGCCACCAUACCUUCACUGGUAUGUUUUAAAAGCUCUCCAGGUGAUUCUAAUAUGCCCCCGGGGUUAUGUACUACUGAUCUAAAUCCAUUUUUUGUUAGGGAUGACAAAGUGAUUAUAUUCUAUUAUUCCUUCGGCAGUUCAUUUGCUUUUACAAAUGUUAACUUUCUGCAUUCUAUUUAUUCCCUCCAUAUCUUGCAAAUCAAUAAGGAAGCCUCUGCAAAUAAAGCUCCUUUAUUAUUAGAGGAAGACUUGAUCUUGGAGGUGAAAAUGUAGAGUAACACAUGGAAGGGAUAUUGGCAAUAACCUCAAGGCCAUGCUUAAGGGUGGAAGAUGUCUAUGGAUGUGACAUUUCUGGGGACGGGUGCAGCAUAUCCAUCUCCAACCCGGGGUGCCUCUGCUGUGGUCCUUCGGUGUGAAGGCGAGUGCUGGCUCUUUGACUGUGGGGAGGGAACACAGACACAGCUUAUGAAAAGCCAACUUAAAGCAGGGAGAAUUACCAAGAUCUUCAUCACACAUCUUCAUGGAGACCAUUUCUUUGGCCUUCCUGGGCUCCUCUGCACAAUCAGCCUGCAGAGUGGCUCCAUGGUGUCCAAACAGCCUAUUGAAAUCUAUGGCCCUGUAGGGCUUCGGGACUUUAUCUGGCGAACCAUGGAACUCUCUCACACGGAGCUGGUCUUCCAUUAUGUGGUUCAUGAACUGGUUCCUACAGCGGAUCAAUGUCCUGCAGAAGAAUUAAAAGAAUUUGCAUGUGUGAAUAGAGCAGUCAGUCCUCCCAAAGAGGAACAAGGAAGAACUAUCCUAUUAGACUCAGAAGAAAACUCGUACCUUCUGUUUGAUGAUGAACAGUUUGUUGUAAAAGCAUUUCGCCUCUUUCACAGAAUUCCCUCAUUUGGGUUUUCAGUCGUGGAAAAGAAACGCCCAGGUAAACUCAAUGCACAGAAACUAAAAGACCUUGGUGUUCCACCAGGUCCUGCCUAUGGGAAGCUGAAAAAUGGAAUUUCUGUUGUUCUGGAAAAUGGGGUUACAAUUUCUCCCCAAGAUGUCUUAAAAAAGCCUAUUGUUGGAAGAAAAAUCUGCAUAUUGGGUGACUGCUCUGGGGUUGUGGGUGAUGGAGGAGUAAAGCUGUGCUUUGAAGCAGACCUGUUGAUCCACGAAGCGACCCUGGAUGAUGCCCAGAUGGACAAAGCAAAGGAGCACGGCCACAGCACACCACAGAUGGCAGCGACAUUUGCAAAGUUGUGCCGUGCAAAGAGGCUGGUUCUGACUCACUUCAGUCAGAGGUACAAACCAGUUGCCUUGGCCAGAGAAGGAGAAACAGAUGGCAUUGUAGAACUAAAAAAGCAAGCUGAAUCAGUGUUAGAUCUCCAAGAAGUGACUCUAGCAGAAGAUUUUAUGGUAAUAAGCAUUCCAAUCAAGAAAUGAAACCAGUGUUCCUGGGUGCAUACUGACAUGUCUGUGAAUAUGUUACUGAACCUACAGUCCAGUUUUUUAUUUCUUGUUUUAGUCUGGGAUUAUUUGGGCCUUAAUAAUCCUAAAAAGAAUGGAGCUGCAUUGAUGAAUUGGCUCAGUAUUUAAAGGGAGCAAGCUUUUUGAUAAUAAAUCUUUUUAAGAGAAAAAAAACCC